GGGAACAGUUUCCAAUUUGCCCCGAAAAAAUUAGCGUGCUCACGGAUUACCAAAAUUGGAUCAUUUAACCCCCCUUUAAGCCAUUAACAUGCAUGGUUCGAGGAUUCAUCCUGAUGUAACCUAUGGCUCGAAACUCAACGCCUUUGCGCCCGCAGCUCCAAAAGCAGACAAAUCAAUUUAAUAGAUCAAAUCUUUCCUCCAAACCCCACAUCAUCUUCACCGAGGUGGGUUCCCCUUUCUUCAACAAACUAACCACUCAGUGCUAUAAUAGUUAUCCUAAUCUGAUUUGUUCUAUAGAUGUUCGCUCAACGGGUGCUCUUAGUGAGGUCGCUGGCCUACCGGACAUUUCCCCUCCUUUCUUCCCACUCCACCAGAGCCUUUAACACAAGUUUCCCCAGAAUUCCUCGGAAGUUCGAGCAAUACCCGGACCUCGAUGAUACAACCGAUCCUGAUAUGGUUUGUGACCCCCUAGCCCCCUCAGGGCCAUUAGCUCGGGUCCUGUUGAUAUUUGUGAGGAUAGAAUGGCGGAUACGUGAAUCCUCCGGCCGAAAAGCGUCAAUUUAGAGAUCCCUAUGGUGAUUGGUGGGACAAGCAAGGCCGCCGCAACUUUGGAGAGCCGGUAGGAUUGACCCUUAACACCAAAAACUUACCCCGUGCGUCUAACUGAUCAUAUCAAAAUAGUUGCACGAAGACGAUGACCUCCUGGGCCGAUUUACUCCUGAAGAAUAUACCCACUUCAAGCCCGGAUGGGCAUUUGCCAUGAACGGGAUGUUCAUUGCUACAAUGCUCGGAUUCUGUGGGAUCGUCUAUGCUUUCUAUCCGGACCAGCCGGCAGUUCCUAGAACCUUUCCGCAUGAUGGAUUGCUAGAUGCCCUCGGUGGCCCCGGAGCGCUCCCAGCAUUGUCGGAUAAAAAUGAUAAAUAAAUACUUGUACUGAAGUCUUCCAAUGCUUACUGCUUUCUCGUCCGUGUGUACAUAAACUACAAAUACCAAUCAUCCAAGCCUAUCCUGCAAAAUUCAUGGAUAUCUGUAGUUAGAAGGAGCAGAAUUCGGGGUCUUAUGUGCCCUAAGGAGUAAAACGCAUUGAAGUAUUAUGAAGGCAUAAUACCACGGUCCAUUGUGGACGCUUUGGUAAG